AUGACGUCGUUAGAAAAUCAUCAGGAUCAGGCUUACUACCAAGACCAAGUUCCCCAGUCUUACUAUAACUCGCAGAUCCCCCAACAAAUGAUGCACAACCAGCUAGACCAGGGUAGAUCUCCAUACUACAACCCUGCAGCCCAAAACUCACUGUAUGAAAACACGGAGUCACCUGGUAGUGGCUAUUACCAGCAAGAGCAAAUGUCCGAAACAGGCACUCCCGGCCAGACUCAUGCACACUCAUCUCUACCAGUUCAUAUUCCCCAACAGCCUCCAAUGGAACAGCCGGCGGAGCAACCAUUUUACGUGAAUGCAAAGCAAUACCACCGUAUUUUGAAACGAAGAAUUGCCAGAGCAAAAUUGGAAGAAACAUUGAAAAUCGCUCGCACAAGAAAACCCUACUUGCAUGAAUCAAGACAUAAGCAUGCAAUGAGAAGACCCAGAGGCCAAGGAGGAAGGUUUUUAACGGCAGCAGAAAUUGCAGAGAAGGAAAGAUUGGAAAAAUUGAAAAACUUUGGAGGACAACGAUUCAUCCCUGGCCAAGGCAAGAAUCGAAGAAAGAUGAUGCUCCUAAUCGGAUAUGUCAACACAACCCACACCAGAUGUUAA